AUGGCGUGUAAGAAGUGGUGCUCCAGCCGUCAGACCAAGUGGGCCCUCGUCGGCAGUGCCAGUGUGGUUCUGGUUUUCGCCUUGGGGAUGGUCCUGAGCUUCGUGCUGCAGCAACGCACCCGGCCAGGCUGUGAGCAGGAAGCAGUCUGCCGCCCGGACGCAGACAUGCUGGACUACCUUCAGAGCCUCGGCCAGAUCAGCCAACGAGAUGGCCUGCUGGUCACCUGGUACCACGCUGCCAACAGCCAGAAGGAGAUGGGGGCUGCCCUAAGCAGCAACGCCAUGGUCCUGGAGGCAGACGUCACCAUAGAAGGACUCAACACGGUCAAUGAGACAGGAGUCCCCGUCAUGGCGCACCCCCCAGCCAUCUACAGCGACAACACCCUGCAGCAGUGGCUGGAGGCUGUGCUGGCUUCUUCACAGAAGGGCAUCAAACUGGAUUUCAAGAGCCUCAAGGCUGUGGGCCCCUCCCUGGCCCUCCUGCGGCGGCUCACAGAGGACGGGAGAGUCCGAAGACCUGUGUGGAUCAAUGCCGACAUCCUGAGGGGCCCCAAUGUGCCCAUCUCAAUCGAGGUCAAUGCCACACAGUUUCUGGCCUUGGUCCAGGAGAACUAUCCUGAGGCCACCCUGUCUCCGGGUUGGACCACCCUCUAUGUGCCCCUGUUCCCGAACAGAACAUACACCAGAGCCAUGGUGGAAAAGAUGCAGGGACUGGUGGGAGCACUGCCACAGAAGGUCACCUUCCCCGUGCGGGCUGUCAUGGUGCGGGCUGCCUGGCCCCACUUCAGCUGGCUGCUGGGCCAAUCUCAGAGGUACAGCCUGACGCUGUGGCAGGGCGCCUCGGACCCCGUAUCAGUGGACGAUCUCCUCUAUGUCCGAGACAACAGUGCCUCUCACCAAGUCUACUAUGACCUCUUUGAGCCUGUCCUGUCGCAGUUCAAGCAGCUGGCCGCGAAUGCCACGCGGAAGCGAAUUUACUACACGGGAGGCAGCCUGAUCCCUCUUCUCCAGCCCCCCGGGGGAGACGGUCUGAGCGUGGAGUGGCUGGUUCCUGACAUCCAGGGCAACGGGAGAACAGCAAUGGUUAGCCUCCCAGACAGAGAAGGCAUGAUCCUGCUGAACGUUAGCCUCCAGGAGCCUGCGGCCAAGGAGCCGGUGCCCAUCGUACGUGCCCCGGGAGGCCCCGCCCUGACACUGGAGUCCUGCCUGCUGCAGCUCGCUGGGCAUCCUGGACACUGGGGUGUCCAUCUGCACGUAGAGCCCUCAGCCCUCCGGCCAGCCCUGGCCAUGCUGGCCCAUCUCUCCACACUCGGCCACCUGCCUCGGCCUGUGUGGAUCGGGGCCACAGUCUCCCAUGGCAGUUUUGCAGUCCCUGGCCACCUGGACGGCCAGGAGUUGCUUACGGCUGUGGCUGAGAUCUUCCCCCAUGUGACAGUGGCACCGGGUUGGCCCGUGGAGGCGCUGGGCAGCGGCUACAGGGAACAGCUGCUUGAAGAUAUGCUGGAGCUGUGCCGGGCUCUCUGGCAGCCUGUGUCCUUCCAGCUGCACGCAGGACUGCUGGGCCAGAACACGGCUGGAGUCGUGGCCAGGCUGCUGGCCGCCUCCCCCAGGGCCACUGUCACGGUGGAGCACAGCCCUUUGGGGGGCAACUAUGCAUCCGUGCGGGCAGCGCUGCUGGCGGCCAGGGCUAUGGACAAGACCCGAAUCUACUACAGGCUGCCCCAGAGCUACCGUGAAGACUUGCUGGCGGACGUUGGCAGGAACUGA